AUGAUAUUCGUCGGUGUAGUUGGUAUCCAGGAUCCGUUGAGGGAGGGCGUGCCUGAGGCUGUCCGCGUCUGCCAGAAUGCUGGCGUCGUCAUCAGGAUGGUGACUGGCGACAACAAAAUGACGGCGCAAGCUAUCGCCGGAGAGUGCGGUAUCCUUCAACCCAACAGCAUCGUCAUGGAAGGCCCCGAGUUCAGGAACCUGUCCAAAUACGAGCAGGAGCAGAUUAUCCCCGACUCCACCCCUGAAGACAAACGCAUUCUCGUGAAGCGCCUCAAGGACAAGGGCGAGAUCGUGGCGGUUACAGGCGACGGCACCAACGACGCGCCCGCUCUCAGGAUGGCUGAUGUCGGUUUCUCCAUGGGCAUUGCUGGCACCGAGGUCGCGAAGGAAGCGUCGUCCAUCAUCUUGAUGGACGAUAACUUCAACUCGAUUGUCAAGGCGCUCAAGUGGGGACGUGCAGUCAACGACGCGGUCAAGCGGUUCCUCCAGUUCCAGUUGACUGUCAAUGUUACUGCAGUUAUCCUGACCUUUGUUUCGGCGGUCGCCAACCCUGAUGAGUCCUCGGUUCUCACGGCCGUGCAACUUCUCUGGGUCAACCUGAUUAUGGAUACCCUGGCAGCGCUCGCCCUGGCCACAGAUCCCCCGCGAUAG